GACCUUUCUUGGUUUUCGCUCCUAGGGUAAAAGAAAUCAUUGAAUCCCCGCCUUCAGAAGAGGGUGCAUUUUCAGGAGGAAGCGAUGGCUUCAGACAGCAUAUUUGAGUCAUUUCCUUCGUACCCACAGUGCUUCAUGAGAGAAUGCAUACACGGAAUGAAUCCUUCUAGAGAUGUUAAUGAUGCCAGCACGAGCCGCCGCUUCACGCCGCCUUCCACCGCGCUGAGCCCGGGCAAGAUGAGCGAGGCGCUGCCGCUGGGCGCCCCGGACGCCGGCGCCGCACUGGCCGGCAAGCUGAGGAGCGGCGACCGCAGCAUGGUGGAGGUGCUGGCCGACCACCCAGGCGAGCUGGUGCGCACCGACAGCCCCAACUUCCUCUGCUCCGUGCUGCCCACGCACUGGCGCUGCAACAAGACCCUGCCCAUCGCUUUCAAGGUGGUGGCUCUGGGGGACGUUCCGGAUGGCACUCUGGUCACUGUGAUGGCCGGCAAUGAUGAAAAUUACUCAGCCGAGCUGAGAAAUGCCACAGCGGCCAUGAAAAAUCAAGUCGCAAGAUUCAAUGACCUCAGGUUCGUCGGUCGAAGUGGAAGAGGCAAGAGCUUCACUCUGACCAUCACUGUCUUCACAAACCCACCGCAAGUCGCUACCUAUCACAGAGCCAUCAAAAUCACAGUGGAUGGACCCCGAGAACCUCGAAGACAUCGACAGAAACUAGAUGAUCAGACCAAGCCCGGGAGCUUGUCCUUUUCCGAGCGGCUCAGUGAACUGGAGCAGCUGCGGCGCACAGCCAUGAGGGUCAGCCCACACCACCCAGCCCCCACACCCAACCCUCGUGCCUCCUUGAACCACUCCACUGCCUUUAACCCUCAGCCUCAGAGUCAGAUGCAGGAUACAAGGCAAAUCCAGCCAUCCCCACCGUGGUCCUACGAUCAGUCCUACCAGUACCUGGGAUCAAUUGCCUCUCCUUCUGUGCACCCAGCAACGCCCAUUUCACCUGGACGAGCCAGUGGCAUGACAACUCUCUCUGCAGAACUUUCCAGUCGACUCUCAACUGCGCCCGACCUGACGGCCUUUGGCGACCCCCGCCAGUUCCCCGCACUGCCGUCCAUCUCAGACCCUCGCAUGCACUACCCCGGCGCCUUCACCUACUCCCCGACGCCCGUCACGUCAGGCAUCGGCAUCGGCAUGUCGGCCAUGAGUUCGGCCACGCGCUACCACACGUACCUGCCGCCGCCCUACCCCGGCUCGUCGCAGGCGCAGGGCGGCCCCUUCCAGGCCAGCUCGCCCUCCUACCACCUGUACUACGGCGCCUCGGCCGGCUCCUACCAGUUCUCCAUGGUGGGCGGCGAGCGGUCGCCGCCGCGCAUCCUGCCGCCCUGCACCAACGCUUCCACCGGCUCGGCGCUGCUCAACCCCAGCCUCCCGAACCAGAGCGACGUGGUGGAGGCCGAGGGCAGCCACAGCAACUCCCCCACCAACAUGGCGCCCGCCGCGCGCCUGGAGGAGGCCGGGUGGCGGCCCUACUGA